AAAGUUCAUCCUUCUGUAGGUGAUGAAAUUCUGAGUGACAGUGAGAUCCAUCUGCACAUGUUGUAGCUUUCAUCUUUCAAUCUACAUGUAAAUAUUUUAGAGAAGUGGAUUUAAGCGCUGGAAAAGAAAAACAAAAUGUACAAAACACUUAUAAAGAUGAUAUGGAGCCUGUGUCUCCUGUGUUUAGCUGGGGGAUUCGGAGCAGUCCAUGCAGGCCCUAUCAGGAAUACUGGCAGGAUGGAAGACAAGGCUGCGCCUCAGGAGGAAGUCAAUGUGCUCAUGUUUGGAGUCAUACAGUUGAGUGAAUCGCUCAACUAUGUUUUUGAAACCACUGAGGCAAAGAUAGAAAGAAUCAGCAAGACUCUGAAGAGUCACGAGGAAACUCUCCAACAGCUGGGCAAGCAGACUGAACAGGUUGCAGAAGUGGAGCAACAGAUAAAGGAAGUCGUACAUCUGCUACAGGAACAAAUGGCAAAGCAACAAGCUCAGACCCAUAUCACAAAAGACUGGCUGAGCAGCAUAGAGAAGGAUGAGGAGGAAAUGAAGGCAAAAGUUCAACAGUUGGAGAUGUACAUCAACAAUGCUGCAUCGAACAGCCUCAAAGAGCUGCAGGAUAAAGCGGAGGACCACUUUCAACUCUUGAGAGGUUUACAGACCUGGAACUGGGUCCAAAAAAGGAAUAUUGAGACUCAGGAUGAGCAGCUUUCCAAACUACAGAAGAUGAGUGAAGCUAUGUCAUAGUUGAUUCAAGAUCCACCAGUUCCCUGAAUAAGCAAAGUUCUCAACUCCUCAUCGUCACUGCACUCCAUUAGUUCAUAUAUAAUAUUCAUUUUUAAUAGAAAUUAAGUUAAAUUAUACAGGUUUAGUUGUUAUUUGUGAAUAAAUAAUACACAUUAUCAUAAAA